AUGUAAGAAAAAAAGUUUAAACAAUUUGAGUAGAAUUUGAAUACAGCUUUUGAUUCACUAAAAUUCUACACACCAGUUAUGAUUGCACUUAUUGUUGUGUUUGGCAUGGAAUAUUUAAAGACUGGAUAUGCUUUAGUCUUUUUCCAUCACUGUAUUGCUCCAAUCCUUGAUAGAUUUAUGCCUUAUGAUGACAUUAAUUAUAACAAAGAAGAUGAAAAAUAAAAGAAAUAUAGCAUUUUCUACUCAAUCCCAUUAUAUGUCGCUAUCAUUGUUGAUGUUUUGCUGAUGAUUUAUACAUUAUAUAAAAUUUGUUUCACACCUCUUUCUAUUUUCUAAGCUAUUUUCCUUGCUUUCUCUGCAUCUCUUUCAUUGGGAAGCACUAUUAACGUUUCUCAUGAGCUGAUCCAUCGACUUUCUCCUUUUGAAUAAUCAGCAGGUAUUUUUAACCUGAUGAGAAUGAUGUAUGCUCACUAUUAAAUUGCCCAUAUAAUGUCUCAUCAUAAGUAUGUCGGAACAAAGAAAGAUCCUGUUGUUGCUUAGAGGAACGAAUCAAUUUUUGCUUAUAUGUUAAGAUAAAUUUAACAAACUUAUAUCAAAGCUUGGAACUGUGAAAAUGAAAGAGUUGUAAAGUUCCAUAAGGCAUCUAAUCCCUUUUUAAGUAUAUAUAAUAGAAUGAUUUACUAUUCUAUUGCAUAACUACUAGUUCCAACCGUAGUUUAUAAAAUAUGUGGUCUUUAUGGUCUAGGAUUCUAUUUAUUAAUGGUAAUAAUUAGUGUUGCAGAAUCAUUAGUAAUAGAAUAUAUAGAGCAUUAUGGAUUAACUUAAUAUUAGGAUAUUGACAUACAAUAUGACUCUUCAUGGAAUGCUCCUCAUAAGUUUAGUAAUAUGCUCUCUUUUCGCUUUGAAAGACACUCUGAUCAUCAUGUAAAUGCUCAUAAAGAAUACUAAGUGACUCAAUUCAAUUAUGAGUGGCCAACACUUCCAGAAAGUUAUGCAAGUUGUAUGCAUAUCGCGUUAUAACCUUCUGAAUGGAUGAAAGUUAUGAACACAAGAUUAGAUGCGGUUAUUAAUAAAAAAUAGUUAAGUUAACAACAAUUAGUUGAAGAAAGAGAUAUUAUCAACAAAGUGCUUAUCAAAACAUUUUCUAUUCACGCUGCAUUAUUUGUUGUUUCAUUCUUUAUUAAAUGA